GGUCCACUCUCGUGUCUGCAGCCUCGUCCGUUUAAACAUUUCUGUUAGCAUUUUUUUAACACUUUUUUCUUCUUUUCGCAGCUCGUAACCGAUCUUAUACCGUCUAUGGUCGUAACCGUGUAUAAUGAUGUGUUUACAGACCCGUGAUUCUACACAGUCCGUGGAGUAAGUGUGUCAGUGGGCUGGAACAGGAACCGAGUGAGGCGGCUCGUUGUAUAGACGAUCUGUGCAGCAGUCUGUGCGGAUCUGAGUAACUGUCUGGGAAGAUUCCCGGGUCCGUGAGUGAAUCCGGGAAAGUUUUACACACGGACAUGGCGUCAGGCCUGUGUUGUGCUGUCGUGUUGGCUCUGUUUGUGAUCCUGGCCCCUUGUGUAUCCGCAGAGGACGACUGCCUGGCCUACAGUGGUAAGGAAGCCCAGGAAUGCCAUGGAGGAUUUUGCUGUGGGAACUGCAACAACAGAUAUUGUUGUUUAGAUUCUUCAAAGCGCUUUGAUGAAGAUAACCAAGAACAGUGCAGCAAAGAUCCUGAAAAAACGUUUCAGCUUGAUGAUUUUGACAACAAAACAUUACUCACUAUCAUUGUUGGCGUGAGCGUCAUCCCCAUAGUAUUCAUCAUCUUCUGCUGCUGCAUCUGUCCCAGCUGCUGCCUGUACAAGCUGUGCCACAAACGUGAGGCCACUACCCAGGUCACAAUGGUCAGCAACACUCCUCAGCAUCCAACGGCAGCACCUGGGCCUCCUGAAUCCUACCAGGAAAUGCCCCACCAUCUACCCCAGCCUGGCUACCCAGCUCAGCCCAUCCUCACACCGCCCUACCAUGGACAGCCAUUCACAGUUGGACCACCACCAUCUUAUCAGGAAGCAAUCAGUCCUGCCUACCCUCCGCAACCGACGCCUUACAGCCAGGCUGUGUUCAUGCCCGGGCAGCCAGCGUACCCCCAGCCAGCGUACCCCCAGCCGAAGCCCAGUGCUCCACCUGCAACUCCAGACUUUCUAGCCCAGCCUGCAUAUAAUCCAGAUUUUGCUGCACCACCACCCUAGGCUGGAUCGUGGACAUCAGUACAGCCCCAGGAAGUGCUCUGAACCUUUUUCCCUGUACUCGCAUGCAAGUCGUGUUACAUGAGAACAAAGUGCAAUAUUUAUGAUUGGAGGAUUUCAUGCCAUAUCAGUUAACCCACAUGGUUCGUGAGCACUCCACUUGGUUAACCCUUGAAAUAAUUCUUCAAAUCCUAAAGUUUUUUCAUCCACCAGCACAAAUGAGCAUUCAACAUGUCAACAAGGCAUGUAAGCCCUGUCUGCACACACAAUGAUCUUUUGUUUCCUCAUUUCUCAUAUUGUUUUUUGAUCAGCUUACAACCUCAAUUCCAAAAAGCUUAGCACAGUGUAUGUAAUGUACAUAAAUAUGACAAAAUGCUAAUCAAAUAAUAUGAAAUAAUUUAAAAUUAAUUCUAGUACAAAAACCUUCAUAUUUUCUUAUUAUUGACUUUGUGAACGCAGCAUGCUUUGACUCUUUAAAUCCUGUUAUAGGAAAUGCAGUGCCUUUAGACAGUUAUUGUGAUUUCCUGCUUUAAAAAAAUGACCUUGUGGAUGAUUUAAUUGAUCAGUUUUACAUUGAGAAGUUUAAAUUGCUAAUUUGCUGUCUUUUCCUGACUUCUGUUUCCUGUUCUAAAACGCUCUCUAGAUGCUCUUUUUAUUGCCAGUGAAGGUAAUUAGCUCUGAGAUCUUUUAGCGAUGUUCCAGUAAUGAUUCAGUUUUAACUUUGUUAAAAACAGGACUGAGCUGAAAUGCACUGCCAGGUUUACCAAAGGAGUCUUUUAUGUUCAGUGAACCAAACAUCAACUUGAUGAACUCGUGUUAAAUAUGAGAAAGACUUGUGCCUUCAAAAGCAUGCAUGGAACUUAAAAUGCUUUAAAAUAUUUUUCUUUUAUCUCGUGUUAUUCUAUUUAUUGAUCCAUUUGAGUCACAAAAUGACGUCACAUUUACUCGGCUGUCUUAACAGUUUCACUCGAAUGAGCCUCAAUGUUUUGCAGUGUGCAGUGUUUUUUAAAAUGCUGCUGUCAGUCCUGUUAGAUAUUUUAAAAACAUGCAUACAUAUAUAUAUAUAUAUUUUUGUAUUGUUUAAAGUGCCCUGUACGAGUGAGGGUUUGUUCAUGUGUUGUUUCACUGUUCUUAUGGGAAAAAAGAGCCAUCACUUCUGCUUUCUGUUGACUGAAAUUACUUGAAGAUCAUUUUAUAGAUGUGAUCUUUUUCUUGUGAAUCUGCUGACCCAGCAGUAGAGUCACAAACUCAUGUGGCAGUUUACAUUUUGACCUUCUGUGAAAAUCUCAUCAUCUUUCUUUGUUUAGACUCUUACAUUUCAGUGUGCGUCAGUCGUUUCUCUGCAGACGCCAUCUGCCAGUUAAUGAAAGGGAUGCAAGGUCACAUGUUUGUAGUUUAGACAACUGAUGUAAGAAAUAUUUUAAUCCAAAAAUACUUUGUGGUAUGUUUUCCUUUUGUCUGAAAUGUGUAUGUAGGAAUACUGUUUAUUUGUUUUUUAUAUAUUUCUAGUUAGUCAUAUUUAAAUUUUGUGGAGAAAAAAUACUUUAUUGUGAUGUUCAUUAAAGUGUAUAUUUUCUUUUUUCCUCA